UUGGUCAUUAAGAAUAAUCGAAUUUGCGCUUCGGUCAUCUUAUCUCGAGCCCCCCAGAUCACACGCGAUUCCACCCCUUUUGAAAAAGCUUAUUUCGAUUACAAGGAAAAACUGGAACGUCAAAAUGCACCACAAUUUCCUACCGAAUUCUACUUCAAGAAGGGAUCCGUAGCUGAACGUCGUUGGAAGGAGGAAGUGGCAGCUCGUGAGGCCGCCAUGGCCGAUCUUUCGCUGUCCAUGACCGAAGCCGUACAAGAAACACAACAAAGACUGGAAAAGGAAGACACAACCGCAGCAAGCAACAAAGUCGAAAAAGCGAGCCGUGAAACCGAAGCCGAUCGAAAAAACGAUUUGAAAAGUCUGGAUCGUGUUUUGCAGCGAACGCUGUAUUUGGUGGUGAAAAAUCCAAAGGAAUCACAGCAUCCUUGGCAGUUUCCUCAAGGGGAUUUGGAAACAAAUGAAUAUCUCCACGAGGCUGCGGAACGUCGAUUGAAGGAACAAUGUGGAGCGGACAUGGAUGUGUGGUUUGUUGGACGACAACCUAUUGCUCAUUACAAAAAGGCCGGUCCCAAAUCA